AUGUCUGAGGCAGUCAAACCUCUGACUUCCUUCCUCAUAGAGGACAUUCUCUCCUUUAAGGAAAGCACAAGAUUUAAUGCCAGAUGUUGCUCGCAGAAGAUGGAAAGAUGUUCACAGUGGAAAGAAGAAUCUGCAAAGUUGUCAGAGCAACUCUACCCUCAGGAGUCAGGGUUUGGAGUGCAGAUAGAGUCUCUGGACACAUCCUGUCACAGCAACGCAGAGUCCAGCAGCUUUUCCACGACAGGAAAACAGAAGCGCUCCCGAGCUGCAUUUACACACCUCCAAGUGCUUGAACUGGAGAAGAAAUUUAACCAACAAAAAUACCUGUCUGCCUCAGACAGGGCUCACCUGGCCAGCACCUUAAGACUAACCGAGACCCAAGUGAAAAUCUGGUUUCAGAACCGGAGGUAUAAGACCAAACGAAAGCAGCAGACAUCAGAGUUCUGUAAGGACAUGUACAAAACAGAGGAGCUGGGCUUGAGAGACGGUCUGAUCCGAUCAUCACUAAUUACCUCCUUCUGCAAAGCUUACCAACACAGACCCUACUGGUGGGACUACAGUGGCCCCUGGGGCCCAACAUUAUGGUGA